AUGAGUAGCACUCCACAGCGAACCCUUGGUGGCGGGGGUCAUCGUAUAUUGGACUAUCUGAAGCGCAUGCAAUCAGAGAAUCCUGCUUUCUUCUAUGCAGUUCAACCUGACGUUGCCGGUGGAAACAUUUUCUGGGCUGAUCCAACUUGUAGAAACAACUACUCUUUUUUUGGAGAUGCCGUUAUAUUUGACACUACCUAUAACACUCACCAAUACCGCCUACCUUUCGCCUCUUUCACCGGCUUUAAUCAUCACGCCCAACCUGUUUUAUUUGGUUCCGCAUUGAUUCUCAAUCAAUCUGACUCUUCCUACAUAUGGCUUUUCCGAACUUGGCUUCACGCCAUGUCUGGACGCCUCCCUCUCUCCAUUACCACUGACUUGGAUCCACUCGUACAACUUGCUGUUGCUCAAGUUCUUCCCCCAACUCGUCACCGCUUCUCUACAUCCAGCAUUUUCAGAGAAAACAGAGCCAAACUGCCUCAUUUAUAUCAAUCACAUCCUACUUUUGAAACUGAAUUCAUGAAAUGUGUUCAUGUGAGUGAGACUAUUGAUGACUUUGAGUCUUGUUGGCACUCUCUAAUGGAAAGGUACUGUAUCACGGACAAUCAAUGGAUUCACUUUAUUUACAAUGCACGGCACCAUUGGGUCCCUGUCUACUUGCGCGACACUUUUUUUGGAGAAACAUCUUUGAACGCUGGAAAUGAAUGUUUGAACCUUUUCUUUGACGGACAUGUCAAUGAAUUCACCACAUUACAGUCUUUUGUUAGACAGUAUGAGAAGGCUGUAUCAACUUGGCAUGAAAGAGAACUCAAAGCAGAUUUUGAAACCACCAAUACUAGCCCAGUUUUAAAAACACCCUCUCCUAUGGAAAAGCAAGCUGCAGGUCUUUAUACCAGAAAGAUAUUCAUGAAAUUCCAAGACGAGUUAGUCGAGACAAUGGCAAAUCCUGCUACCAAAAUGGAUGAUACAGGAACUAUCACCACUUACCGGGUUGCCAAAUUUGGGGAAAACCAAACAUCUCACACUGUCACUUUUAAUUCUUCUGAGAUGAAAGCCAGUUGCAGCUGUCAGAUGUUUGAAUAUUCAGGAAUCAUUUGCAGGCACAUAUUAGCAGUCUUCAGAGCUAAAAAUGUUCUUACACUUCCGCCUCAAUAUGUGUUGAAACGCUGGACAAGGAAUGCUAAAACUGGCGUCUUGUUAGAUGAAUGUGCAUCUGAACUGCCUAGUAGUUCUCGUGACUCUACCAUAGUACGUUACAACAAUUUGCGUCAAGAAGCAAUCAAGUAUGUGGAAGAAGGUGCUAAAUCAGUCCAAACAUAUCGUGUUGCAAUGAAAGCUUUGCAAGAAGCUGCUAAGAAGGUUUGUAUUCUAAGAAAAGAGACCACUGGAACAGCAGAGGGACCUACAAUAGCCAACGGAGGCAGGACUGAGUUGCUUACAGGAGAUGAAGAUGCGUCAAGCUAUCAAUCUGUGGCGGAGAAGCAAAAGAAAAUCCGAGAGUUGGCUGCCGAGUUAGAGAUCACAAAUCAACGAUGUAAUGUUUAUAGGGCAAACUUGCUGGCAGUGCUAAGAGAUAUGGAAGAACAGAAGUUAAAGCUGUCAGUGAAGGUCCAAAAUGCAAGACUUAGUUUGAAAGAGUGA